CUUUUUGGGAUUAGCUAGAUGUGUGACCCUGUUGGACAGUAUUUCGCUUAGGUCUUCUGGCCAUGUUGCUGGUUUCUAACUCACUGAUUGCGCUAUAACUGUACUGGUUAGCUAGCUACUGAGUUCAUUGUGUUAGGACAGAAACCAUUUAUUUGCAGCUGUCGGUUUUCUUUUCUUACGAAUCAAGUGCUACUAUCAGAACCAUAGUCUCACUGAAAGGUACCUACGCAUUUUUAGCAUUAGCUGCGUGGCUUCUUAUUUUAGCUAGCGUACCAGCGAAAAAUCGAGGUUACUUUGCUGCACAAACAACUUGUCUGUGUCAUCUAAUUUGAAUGGAAAGUUCCUUUUGUGUGACUUGGCUAUCUAUUCAGUUAAAAUGGAACGAAUGAAGCUCAAAGAGAUCAACCGCACGGCCAUCCAGAGCUGGAGCCCAGCACAGCACCAUCCUGUGUACCUGGCAGCAGGUACGUCAGCCCAGCAGCUGGAUGCCUCCUUCAGUACCUCCGCCUCUCUGGAGAUCUUUGAGCUGGACCUGGCCGAGCCUUCUCUGGACAUGAAGCUCCGUGGAGCAUACUCCUCCUCUCACAGAUACCACAAGCUGGCGUGGGGUCCCCACGGCAUGGAUGCACAGGGUCUCCCGUCUGGAGUGCUCAUCGCAGGGGGAGAGAACGGCGACGUCAUCCUUUACGACCCGGCCAAGAUCAUUGCUGGACACGGUGACGUUGUCAUCGCUCAGAGUAACAAACACAGCGGGCCAGUUAGAGCCCUUGAUGUCAACUCCUUCCAGGACAACCUGGUGGCUUCAGGAGGUAAUGAAUCAGAGAUCUACAUCUGGGACCUAAACAACUUUGGCUCCCCGAUGACACCAGGCCCUAAAACUCAGCCUCUAGAGGACAUCAGCUGUGUGGCGUGGAACAGGCAGGUCCAACACAUCCUGGCCUCAGCCAGCCCCAGCGGCCGCGCCUCCAUCUGGGACCUCCGCAAGAACGACCUAAUCAUCAAAGUCAGCGACCACAGCAACAGGAUGCACUGCUCUGGGCUAGAAUGGAACCCCGAGGUAGCUACUCAGCUGGUGCUGGCCUCGGAGGAUGACAGGAUGCCAGUGAUCCAGAUCUGGGACCUGCGAUUUGCCACCUCCCCUCUCAAAGUCCUGGAGAACCACACACGGGGUGUCCUGGCCAUCGCCUGGAGCCUGGCGGACCCUGAGCUGCUACUGAGCUGCGGGAAAGACAACCGAAUCCUCUGCUGGAACCCCAACACCGCCGAGGUGCUGUAUGAGCUGCCUACCAGUACCCAGUGGUGCUUUGACAUCCAGUGGUGUCCCAGGAACCCGGCGGUGCUGUCGGCCGCAGCCUUCGACGGACACAUCAGCAUCUACUCCAUCAUGGGGGGCAGCAGCCAGGCUUUCAGCCAGACACAGGCAGACACGAUCAGCACAUCAUUUGGCAAUAUGGAUCCAUUUGGGAUGGGUCAGACCCUGCCCCCCCUGCAGCUUUCCCAGGCCCCGCCCGCCUCCACCACAAUCACCCCCCUCAAAAAGCCCCCCAAGUGGAUCCGCAGGCCCGUGGGGGCCUCCUUCGCUUUUGGUGGUAAGCUGGUGUCGUUGGAGAACAUCAAGCCCAAUCCCCAACAGCCUCAGCAGCCCACGGCUCAUGUGGUUCACAUUAGUCAGGUGAUUACGGAAACGACCUUCCUGGAGCGCUCUGCCCAGCUGCAGGCCACACUGGCUGCUGGCAGCUUCGUUGACUUCUGCCAGGAGAAGAUGGACUCGGCCCAGAACGAGUUUGAGAAGACCGUCUGGUCCUUCCUGAAGGUGAACUUUGAGAAUGAUGCUCGUGGAAAAUACCUGGAGCUUUUGGGAUACAAGAAGGAGGAGCUAGCAGCAAAGAUUGCAGCAGCAUUAGAGGGAGAACCUAUUCAGCCCGAGGAGCCCGCCACUGCUCCUGCCCCCACCUCUGUGCCUGAACCUGAGGCUGAUCCUGGACCAGAACCAGAGGUAGUUCCCUUUCCCGCUCCCCAGCUCAAUACUGAGCCUGAGGUCCUUCCUCCCGUGCCUGAGGCUGCUACUGUUGAGCCCACCCCCGAACCGCCGCUUGAGCCCACCCUCCAGCCUGGACCCCAGCCAGAGCUUGCCCCCCCGCCCAGCGGUGACCUUUCAGCUUCUGAUCCUAUGCCUGUCCUCCAAUCGGAGCCUGUUCUUACUCUUGACCUCAGCGCAGAACCCCAGCUUCUUGCCCCUGUUGCUCCCGUUGCUCUCCUGCCAGAGUCUGACCCUCCUCUGGCCCCCCCAGCUCUGGCCCCCCCAGCUGACCUGCAGCAAGCACCCACUGCCCCCUUUACCCUCCAGCCUCCAACAGAGUUCAACCAAGUGAACUCACUGCCUAUAUCUGAAUUUGACCAGGUGGACUUACAGGCUGUAUCCGGCUUCGACCCGACAUCAACAUUGCCCAGUCUGCAGUCGGCAGUCCAGCUGGACCUGGCUCCUCCUGUCUCCACCUUGCAGCCUCUAGCAGACCCUGGACUCCCGCCUGAAGACGCAUUUGACCUCAUCGCUGCUGCAAACCUCCAGCCAGCAGCGGAAGUGGAACUCUCACCUGCUCCAGAACCAGAAGCGGAAGAUCCAUUUGACCUCAUCGCUGCUACAAACCUCCAGCCAGCAGCAGAAGUGGAACUCACACCUGCUCCGGAACCAGAAACGGAAGAUCCAUUUGACCUCAUCGCUGCUACAAACCUCCAGCCAGCAGCAGAAGUGGAACUCACACCUGCUCCGGAACCAGAAACGGAAGAUCCAUUUGACCUCAUCGCUGCUACAAACCUCCAGCCAGCAGCAGAAGUGGAAGUGACAGGACGUCUGGAACCAUUGGCAGCAGAAGUAGACCUGACAGAAGCCCUUGGAGCUAAGCCCAUCGCCCAGGAAGAGAUGCCAGUAAAUGAAGAGAUUCCUCUGGAGGAGGAGGCGGCUCCACCAGCAGAGGCCAGCCUGCCAGGGGAGGCUCCAGUCCCAGAAGGCAUUAAACUCCGCGUCAGUCAAGGCGUGGAUGGCCUGAUCACCCAGGCCCUACUGACGGGGGACUUCCAGGGCGCAGUGGAACUCUGUCUCCAUGACAACCGCAUGGCUGACAGCAUCAUCCUGGCCAUUGCCGGAGGGGCGGAGCUUCUGGAGAAAACACAGAGGAAGUACUUCACCAAGACUCACAGCAAGAUCACCAAGCUGAUCAGUGCGGUGGUGAUGAGGGACUGGCGUGACGUGCUGCAGACCUGUGAGCUGCAGAACUGGAAGGAAGCUCUGGCUGCAGUCAUGACCUACGCUCAGCCCGAGGAGUUCUCCUCUCUGUGUGACCUGCUGGGCUGCAGACUGGAGACUGUGGAGGACUGCACGCUGCAGGCUCAGGCUUGUCUGUGUUACAUCUGCGCUGGCAACGUGGAGAAACUGGUGACCUGCUGGACCAGAGCACAGGACAGGCACUGCCCUCUCUCUCUGCAGGAUCUGGUCGAGAAGGUGGUGGUUCUCCGCAAGGCGGUAGAGCAGAACCAGGAGUCUGAUCCCUCUGCUGUGGGGCUUCUACUGGGGGAGAUGAUGAGUCAGUAUGCCAGCCUGCUGGCCUCCCAGGGCAGCCUCACCAACGCCAUUGCAUACCUGCCCCAGAACACAGAGCAGGUUGCGGUGCAGCAGCUGCGUGACCGUCUCAGCAGAGCUCUGGGUCAACAGGCUCCUGCUGCAGCCCCAGUAGCCCAACACCCAUCCCCUCAGCCCACAGCUGCCCAGCCCAGGCAGCUCUUCACCCAUGCCCAGCCUUCUAUGGUGUCCCAGCAGCACGCUCCAGCCCCUGUGCCUGCCGCUGCCGCUGCCACCGCACCGCAACAGUAUUACCAGCCGGUGAGGUCUGCCUCUACAGUUACCUCCUGGAGUAACCAAACUCCCACAGCUCUCCCCAGUGUCCCUCCUCCUCAUCUAGGCCCUGCCACCACAGAGCCCCAGGUUCAGCCGACACCCCCCAUGUAUGGGAUGCCUCCCUCUGGGUCAGCUGCUCCCCCAGCCUCCUCGUCUGCUGCAUACCCCCCCAUGUACUCACAUCAGUACCAGCCCUACCCUCCGGCCAGCCAGUACAACCUUGGCACUGGUGGCCCAGCUAUCUAUUCACCUCUCCAGUACUCUGCUCCUCCUCCUCCCUCCUUCUCUUCCUCCUCACCCCAAGCCCCAGCCCCAGGCUUCAUGCCCCAAUACACCCAACAGCCCCUCUACCCACCUCCUUCCAUGGGCCAGCCUGUGUCCUCCGCUCCUCCUUUCUCUCCUCCUCCGCUGUCAUCUGGAGCGUCUUUCCAACAUGGCGGACCGGGUUCGCCUGCCUCGUACAUGCCGCCGCUCCCACCAACCGGAUCCUCAGAGGGAUAUAAUCCAGACACUACCUGUUUCAUGGAAGGUGAAGGCCCACAGAAUGGCUGGAACGACCCGCCUACCCUGAGCAGAGUGCCAAAGAAGAAGAAGGUUCCAGAGAACUACACGCCUCCUUCCCCCAUCAUGGCCCCCAUCUUUUCUCCCCUCGGUGCUGGGGACCCCCAGCAGCCCCCCUACAUGCCUCCACACCAGGCCCCCUACCAGGGCAUGCAGCAGCAGAUGGCCCCCCCACCCAUGAACCCUGGCAUGCUCAAGACGCGUGGAGGAAGUGUGGAGGGAGCGCCCGGAGCCCCGACUGGAGAUACCAUACAGCCGCUGCAGUCCAUCCCUGCUGAGAAGAUAACCAUGAAGCCCAUCCCCGAUGAGCACCUGGUCCUGAAAAACACCUUUGAGGGCCUCAUCCACAAGUGCUUGGCUGCUGCCACCGAUCCUCAAACCAAGAGGAAGCUGGAUGACGCCAACAAACGCCUUGAGGCCCUCUACGACAAGCUACGAGAGCAGACCCUCUCCCCAGCCAUCAUAGGGGGCCUGCACAACAUGGUGCAGUGCAUCGAGUCUCGAUCCUACGUGGAGAGCCUCAACAUCCACACACAUAUAGUGAGCAGCAGCAACUUCAGCGAGACGUCUGCCUUCAUGCCUGUGCUCAAGGUGGUGCUGACACAAGCCAACAAACUGGGGGUCUGAGCAGGAGAGACCCUCCCCCACUCCUCAGUCUGAGGUGAGAUGGAGAAGGAUUGGUCAGAGAUGUCAUAAGAGGCCAGGAAGUAGACGUAGGGAGCCAGGUGUUUUAAUCAGUGGGAAUUCCAUGUGGCUCCCAGUGCAGAUAUUAUACUUCCUGUAGAAUCAUGAGAUUUUAUGACAUAACUGUCCGAUCAACUUCAUCAGACCCCUCCCCCUUCUCUUUUACAACUCAAACACAAGCCAUGCCACCAGUAUCACUACAGUAUACACAUGCGGGACAUAGGACCAAGAUGUAUUGAUAUUGCCAGUCUUAUCGUUGUCACUGGGAUAAUAUGUUAAAAAGCCAAACAACCCAGUUUUGAGGAUCAUAUUUUGUUUUCUUGUUCAUUUUUAGUGUAAUCAUGAUUUUCAGACAGAGCAGAGUGCAAUGGGGGUUACUCCCCUUUUAACCAGAGACUGUACUUUAAAACACAGGAGGAAUCCAUGCUAAGAUAAUAUGCCAGGGAUCAUCAUCAGACUGUUUUAAUUGGGUAUUAUUGUCAGGUUUAAUAACGAGGGAACUAGCUUUUUAUAAUGGUCCGUCAUGCCAUGAAUUUCACGCGACAGCGUCCAUUUUCUUUCCCUCAGUUCUUGUCUUCAGUAUGAUUUAGGCUUUUGAUUAAACAGUCUAUUUGUCUCUUCAUCCUGGUAAGAUCAGAAACACUUAUGUUGCAAAUGGGAAAAUUUUUAAAAUUGACAACAUGCAAUAUUUUCAAUAAAUAGUAUUUAUUUAAAACCUGCUGCUUCAUUGUUUUAAUAUCAGUUGCUUUCAGAUGUUACUAAUUAAUGUUUGUCAUAAACAGCUUGGAUGUCAUGUUUUAAUAGACUAAUUGUCUUUCCGUUUACAAAUACUGGCCAAUUAGUUGGUACUGGACAUUUAACUAAUCUGAUACUGGAUGCAGUGUCUGAAUGCAAUGCGAGUGUGUUGGAACGGAGAAUGAAACGUAUGUGUCUUGACUGUCUAGCUCCAUCUUCAGUCUUGACCUUGGAGUUUUUAGUAUCUUGAAUUUGUAAUGUUAUGUAUUUACAAAAUAGAGCCCCUAUUAGCUUUUAUAACAAUCUCUGCCUGCCCUCCCUCAUAUGUACUAGGCCUAAUAUGUAUGUACAUUAGAUUUAACUAUGUAACUUGUAAAAAUAAUAAUAAAUGCUUUCACAAAUCA